AUGGCUAAUCCUCACGUUACCAUGGAGGUUGGACAAGAUGGUGUUGCUGUGUUGACUCUGAUCAAUCCUCCAGUCAACGCCUUAGCUAUUCCAAUCAUUGCGGGAUUGAAAGAGAAGUUUGAUGAAGCUACUAGGAGAAAUGACGUCAAAGCUAUGGUUAUUACUGGCAAGGGUGGAAGGUUUUCUGGUGGAUUCGACAUCAAUGUUUUCCAGAAAGUUCAUGCCACUGGGGAUGUUUCACUUGUGCCUGAUGUAUCUGUUGAGCUUAUGGUCAACACUAUUGAAGAUUGCAAGAAGCCUGUUGUUGCUGCCGUGGAAGGAUUAGCACUUGGAGGGGGAUUGGAAUUGGCAAUGGGAUGCCAUGUGCGUAUUGCUGCACCAAAAACUCGACUUGGCUUGCCAGAGUUGACGCUUGGAGUAAUUCCUGGAUUUGGAGGUACACCGCUUUUCUAUGUAGAAAUUGCACGCAUAGGCUUGAACACGUGCUUUCAAGUUCAGCUGUGA